CAUCAGACGUGAACGCACCUCAGCUGCUGUACGGAAGCUGGUCUCUCCUGCAGGCUUGUGUUGCCCGGAGCUAAACCGGAGAGACAGUCGCACACAACACCAAUGCGAGGACGUCGUUAGCCGGUUAGCACAAACAGCAAGACUUAAUAAUAGCAGACGUGUGGCCUUUAAUUUGGAUGGCUCCCCUCACUGUAUCGAUCGGCUAACUAGCUGUAAGACAGCUUUAGAGGAGCCGUCUGGGAGAACAUUAUUCUGAAGCUGCCUCUCUCAGCGUCCCCCUUUUUACUCUGCACAGUCUCGACAAGAUGUCAGCUUUCUCUGAGGCAGCUUUAGAAAAGAAACUAUCCGAGCUGAGCAACUCUCAGCAGAGUGUGCAGACGUUGUCUUUGUGGCUUAUACACCACAGAAAACACUCGAAGACCAUUGUCAAUGUUUGGAUCAACGAACUGAAAAAAGCUCAGGUUUCACGCAAGCUUACCUUCCUCUACCUGGCCAAUGACGUCAUUCAGAACAGCAAGAAGAAAGGACCAGAAUUCACCCAGGACUUUGCACCGGUCAUUGUUGAUGCAUUCAAACAUGUAAACAGAGAUGGGGAGGAUGGUUGUAAGAAACAGUUGGGUCGUGUUUUGUCCAUCUGGCAGGAGAGAGCAGUGUACGAAAACAACCUGCUGGAUCAACUCUCACAAGUCCUGGAUGGAGAAAAGAAGGCGAGGAAGAGGUCAUAUGAGGCAAUCCAACCAGAUGAUGAGGACUUUGCCACCCAGAGCUCCCCAGCCGAGCCCCCACAGACAGCAGACUUAAUCCGAGCUCUGCAGGAGCUGGAAAACGCAGCCUCCGGCGACUCCGUGCUGCGUCAGCGCAUCUCCUCUCUUCCUGCUGAGGUGCAAGACACGUCGCUGCUUCACAGAAUCACAGAUAAGGAAUCAGGAGAGCGGCUCUCCCGGCUAGUGGAGGAGGCCUGCAUGUUGCUAGCAGACUACAGCGGCCGCCUGGCUGCAGAGAUUGACGAUCGGAGACAGCUAACGCGCACACUAACGGUGUUCCUGCAGAGCCAGAAGGACGGUUUGGUCGAGAACGAGCAGAAACUAGAAGAAUACAAACGGAAACUGGCGAGGGUGACCCAGGUCCGAAAAGAGCUGCGUUCACGUCUGAAUAAUCUUCCAGGAGGACGCUACAACUCUUCAAACUGACUGAAUUCUCUCUCCUGACUAGAUACCUGACUCUCCUGCUACUGAAACACGCCAAACUGAUCGGCCGCUGCUCUUUAUUUUGCAAAGUGUCUGUGUCCCCUGUGUGGUGACCAGUGGUUCUUGUUCUGUUUCCAACAAAUUAUUUAUUCACUUGGAUUUUAUUAAGAGAACCCUCUUAUUUCUCUGUCUGUGAGCUCACCUGUUUGUGCGGGUUGUUACCAGAACAUUAUAAUAAUCAGACACAGGCCUCUCAUGCCUUGGCCCUUGUCCUUCUAACUUUUACAGCUUUAAAGUUGAAUGGAUGAUGCUGGUGUGAUAUUUUUGUAUUUAUAGUGAUGUAAGAUAAUGCACCAGAAUGUACCCCUUUAGUGUGAUCAUUUGUAACACUUUUCAGUGUUUUGGGCUGCUGUCUAAACUUUGUUUUUCAAUCUUUGCAAGUACGUCUGUCUAACUCUAGGUUAUAGAUCAUUGCAGUAUUUGUCUAAUCAGGAUUUAUGUUUUUUGUGCAGUGUGAUAAAGGCCUAGGAAAAAAAUGGUAUAAAUGUGAAACUGUAUUCAGAGAAUUGAUAGUAGACCAUGAACCUGUCAGCUCAUUGAAAUAUGUAAUUAACACUCUUUGUAAGAAGGGUGCAUUAACCAUUUCUCAGUCUACAUAUUCAAAUUGCAUGUAAAUAUGACGGGGGGUUUACCAGUGAGUGCUCAUGAUUCGUUUCCAAGUUAUCAUGGCUUGCCAAAUGGUCAGUCAGAUGUUUACCGGGGUAAAUCUGUACAUUGAUAUCUUCAUGGGUGUCCAGACCUCCACUAUAGGCCUACUGAAAUAAUGAGUGAAGGAGUGUUGUCUUGUUAACUAUCAUACUGUGUCCUUCAUUUAUCUUAAGUGAACUGAAUGCUGUGCAGAUCCCUCACAGCUUCAUUGAAGCCCCAGUUUUCAAAGCCGAAGUUAAGCUUUUUGUUUUUGUACUUAUGGAGCUAUUUCUUCUUAGAACCAAAUAAACAAAAGAGCUACAAAUGUAA